AUGACGCGCGCGCAGGCCGAAAAAGAAGAAACGCUCUAUGACAGGAAAGACGAGGCGUAUUUUUCGUACUACUCAAUGCUGACGCAUCAGGCGCAGAUGCUGCAAGAUGCAGUGAGAACGUCCACAUACCAAAACGCUAUUGUGUUGCACCCUUCCAGUUUUGAAGACAAAGUUGUAAUGGAUGUGGGUGCAGGAAAUGGCAUCCUUUCUUUAUUCGCAAUCCAGGCUGGCGCAAAAGUGGUAUACGCCGUGGAAGCUGCCGGGGUUGUUGCCUGUCUGCACCGCUUGGUCGACGCCGCAGCGCCGGAAGACGACGACGCGCCGAACGCGUGGGUGCGUGAUAAGCUCGCUAUUGUACACUCGCGAAUCGAGGACGUGACUCCCCAAAAGCUCACGGCGAGCCUGCCGAAAAAGAUACAGGCGGAAGAGGGGAAAGUAGACACGCUCGUGUCCGAGUGCCUGGGUGUGCUGCUUGUGCAUGAACGCAUGUGUGAAUCGUACAUCGAUGCACGCGACCGUUUCCUUCGUCCGGAAGGAGCCAUGUUUCCACGCACAGGCUCGCUCUGCUUCUCGCUACUUUCCGAUGCGCGUCUUUGGUCCGAAGUUCACGCGCGAGGCGAGUGGUGGAAUACGGAAAACUUUUACGGUGUCAACUUGACUCCGUUUUUGGAUGCCUCGCGGAAAGAGGCAUUCAUGAGUCCCGUUAUCGGCUGCUUCUCUCCUUCGCACGUCGUCGGCGCACGCACCGACCCAGUCACCGCCGCAUACAUGUGCCCCGACGACGUUGUAUCCCGCUACCUAGUCGACUUUUCUUCAAUUUCCAUGGAAGAGUUGCGUGAAUUCGACGUGCCCGUUGCGUGGGACUGUGUCGAAGAGCCGGUCGUCGUGCAUGGUCUCGGCGCAUGGUUCGACCUGAGUUUCCUGCAGGCGGGCGAGGAGUACAAGAACGACACGAAUGGUACCAUGACUACGAGUCCUUUUGCGCCCGCGACGCACUGGGCGCAAGUGCGCAUGCUCUUUACCGAGCCAUUAGCGUUGAACCGCGGCCAGCGCGUGUUGGGCACGCUGCAUUUCAAAGUCAAUGAGAGUCGCUCAUAUGAUAUCCAAGGCACGUUUCACGUGCCUCUAGACGAUGGGCUCCCUUUGUUUACACGCACUGCUUUCUGGAAGCUCGAUAAGCAGACCUACUCCUGGGAAACCACUGGCCCUGUCUAG